GGUACGAACUUAGGAUUGUUAGGGUGCUUUGUAUACUCUCACCCUUUCUUUCUUUCUCUCUCUAAGACACGAUUGCGUUGGUGAUCCGAUUGGGACGAUGAUGCAGACUAUUUCGAGGCGAUUAGGACACCAAUCUGUAAGGGCAUUACCAGCAGCUUCAUAUCUGAAAUCAAUCGAUCAUCUUUCCAGUCACAAUUAUGGCGUUGACAGACCGCGUUAUGUGUCUUCUCUUACCCCUAAAGGCGUGGGGCAUCUAGUCCGUAAAGGUACAGGUGGAAGAUCAUCUGUCAGUGGUAUCGUUGCUACAGUUUUUGGAGCUACUGGGUUUCUUGGGCGAUAUGUUGUUCAACAGCUUGCAAAAAUGGGGUCUCAGGUGUUGGUUCCUUUCCGGGGUUCUGAAGAUUCUCAACGUCAUUUGAAAGUGAUGGGUGAUUUGGGACAGAUAGUUCCCAUGAAAUACAACCCUAGAGAUGAGGAUACAAUUAAAGCUGUCAUGGCAAAGGCCAACGUGGUUAUUAAUCUGAUUGGAAGGGAAUAUGAGACUCGAAAUUACAGCUUUGAGGAAGUUAACAAAUCAAUGGCUGAACAACUUGCAGUGAUUGCUAAAGAGCACGGUGGCAUUAUGCGAUUUAUACAAGUUUCUUCCUUAGGGGCAUCUUCCUCUUCUCCAUCUAGAUUGCUAAGAGCUAAAGCUGCUGGUGAAGAAGCCGUUCUGCGAGAAUUGCCAGAGGCUACCGUAUUGAGGCCAGCUACCAUGGUUGGCACAGAAGAUAGGAUCCUGAAUCGAUGGGCACAGUUUACGAAAAACUAUGGGUUCCUUCCACUCAUAGGAGGUGGAAAUACAAAAUUCCAACCUGUAUAUGUUGUUGAUGUUGCAUCUGCCAUUAUGUCUGCACUGAAAGAUGAUGGCUCCAGCAUGGGCAAAAUAUAUGAGCUGGGUGGUCCAGAGGUGUUCACUUUGCAUGAAAUGGCAGAAAUCAUGUAUGACAUGAUACGUGAAUAUCCUCGAUAUGUAAAAGUCCCAUUCCCAAUUGCCAAGGCAAUUGCAACACCGAGGGAGAUAUUCCUGAAUAAAGUUCCUUUCCCGUUACCAUCUCCAUCAAUAUUCAAUUUAGAUGGGAUCAAUGCCCUCACUGAGGACACAGUUGUAUCACCUGAUGCCUUAAAGAUGGAGGAUCUUGGUGUUAUGCCACAUAAGCUGAGAGGAUAUCCAAUUGAAUUUCUUAUAUCAUACCGAAAGGGUGGGCCGAACUAUGGUUCCACUGUCAGUGACAAAAUAAAACCCGAUUGGCAGUAAGUUAUAAAUUUCUAAUGAAAAUUUGAAACAAGAAGAAGAAAAAGCUUUCUUUGGGAGCAGGUGGUAAAAUCCUCACUCCAUAUCAUCUUUUUCAUCCUGUAUUAACAAACAAACAAAUAGAGGGAGUAGUAUUGUUGAAUGAAAUGUUUUGUUUUGUUUUGUUUGGUUUAA